GUGAUUCAGCAAUGACAACAGAGGAAAAAACGUCAACAGCAAGAGCAGACGUAGAGAAAUCAAUAGAAGCAGCAACAGACGUAACGGUAGCAAUUGUGAAGGGAAAUAAGACAGUAGGACCCAGUUUGGUAGAGCAACCAACAGCCGUAUUAGAGUGGACAGCAGAAACAGUCACAGAGAAAACGACAGACGCAACAGAAAGCAUAACAGAAACUACAUCAGCACCUGAGGCAGCAACGGGGGUAGCAGCAGCAGAAGCACACGAAACAACUGUGUCAUUGGAGAUGAUAUCAGCAACAAUCAUAACAGGUGACGAUACAACAACACCAGCGAUUGAAACGCCCGCUAUCACUACAUCAGAAAAGGAAAGCGCAAUGCCUGUAAUGGAUACAGCUUUAACAAAAGCCACAUCGGAUGCGAUAGCCGCAACAACUCCAGGUGAGAGAUCGAUCGAAACAACGUUAGACACAAUGCCAACAGUAGCGAAAUUGACACCUAACGAAUCAGCAGCGCCUGUAGCAGCAGUGACCGAACAAGGUACGGGAAUGAUGACAGCGGGAACAAUUCCAGGAAAAACAUCAAACGAACCGAGCCCGACAUUAGCAGACGAAAUGCCAGUCGCGGCAACGAUAUCGGUGGAAACUACAGCAUAUACAACGCCAGAAGAUUUGCUAGCGUCAGCGGUAUAUGAGGAAGAAAAAGCUGGGUCAAAACUAGCAACAUCCGCAGCAGACGAAAGCACGGCAAAUGAAACAGUAGAAGGUGCGGAAAUAACAGCAGCAACGCCAGAUGGUGUAACUCCGUAUGACGUGACAGUAACAUCAACAACAACGACGACAUUAUCAUCAUCAUCAUCAUCAUCAUCAUCAUCAUCAUCAUCAUCAUCAUCAUCAACAACAACGUUAUCAUCAAUAACAACAGCAACAACAACAAUAUUAGACGACAUAACAUCAGCACCACCACUAGCCGAGACACCUAAACCUAUAACAAUAGACAGCAUAACCUUAGCGCCAAUAGCAGACAACAUAAAAUUAGCAGCAACAAUACACGACACAACACCAGCAACUAGCUCCAACAACACGACAUCGACACGCGACGCGCAAUCAGUCAUAUUUACUGACAACACAACGACACCAAUGACCACAGACAAGGUAAUAACAGCGACACCGCCAGACAACACAACACUAGUAACAACAUCAUUCCCCACGCCAGUAGCAAUUACAGAAGACUCAACAGCAGUCAGGACUCUAGCCAACACAGCGAAAAAGAAAUCCACACACAACACGUUGACAACUACAAGUACGAUUGACACGCAAUCAGAAUCAACAGAAGAUAACACAUCAGUGGAAACAGUGGAAACAAACAAAACAAACGUAACAAUCGCAGAAAACACUACGAUACAUACACCAUCAGACAACUCAGCAAUAGCAGAAACAAUCUCAAACAGCACAACUACAGCAGUAACAUCAGCCAACUCAACAAUAACAGUAACAACAUCAGACACUACGACAAAAGCAAUAACAUCAGACAACACGGCAACACCACCAAUAAUAGAAGACCCAACAACAGCAAUUCCAGUCAACAAGGAAACAGUAAAACUCCAGUCUGACAUGACGGCAGCGACAGCAUUUUACAACACAGCAGUACGAACAAUCACAGACGAAAUAUUAGCAACAGAUGUAACCACAGACAACACGAAAACCGCAACAGAUACAGAUACAGGUAACAUUACUGCAAUAUACACAGACGACAUGACAACAACAACAACAACAAGUACAACCACAGACAACACAACAGCCGCAACUGCCAUUUACAACACAACAGCACCAACAAUUACAAACAACACAGUAACAGAUAUACACAGGGACGUCAUAACAACAGCGACGGCACUACACAACGCAACAGUAGAAAUAACAACAGACAACUACGCAAAAGCAAACACAACAAGCAGCACAGCAGCAGCAGCAGCAGAAGCAAUCAUCACGGAUAACACGAAGGCAAUCAUAACAACACAAGGCUCUACAAAUACAGUUACGGCCUCAUCGGACGCGCUAGCAAUAACCACAACAGAUAGCACAACCGCAGACACACCCGCAUAUAACGUCACAACGGUAACCACGUUUACGGGUGACGUAACAACAGUAACAGUUCUACAUGAUACAAUAACAGCAACGUUAGGGGUAGACGUGAUCGGGGUUUCAACAGCAGAUCUAGACAGCACAACAACAGCAAAAGCAGCACACGAUACAAUGGCGUUAACAAUUACAGAAAACACAACCGCAACUGCAACCGUCGUCAACAUUUCAUCUGCAACGGACAAACUUCACACGUCAUUAGCAACAAACUUAUACAACACAACGACAAAAACUACUGCUAGUAACUCAACAGCGGAUACAGUUACAGCCGCAGAAACAGUCGUGCACAAUAUCACAGCGGCUGCAUCUGAUAAUAACUUAACAACACAAGCAAUGACGGAUAAAACAGUAACGACUAAACUUUUAGACAAGCCUACAGCUGCAACAAUUCUAGAAUACCCACCUUCGUCAGAGACCACAGAAAAUAUAACGAUAGAAAUGACCACAGACGGCACAACAACAAUUGCAACCGCAGACAACACAACAAGAGCAACAACAUUAUACAACACAAUAACCCCAACAAUCACAGAUGACGUAGCAACAGCUCCAAUCACAGACAACACUACAACAGAAACAACAUUAUACAACAGAACGGCUCCAACAGUCACAGACGACGCAACAACAGAGACAACUACAGACAACAUAACAACUGUAACAUCCACAGAAAACAUAACAACAUCAGAAAGCUUAUACAACGCAACAGCGCAGACAGAGACAUAUGAAGUAACAACAGACAGAACCACAGAAAACACAGCAACCGCAACAGACUUUUACAACAACACAACGGCACCAAUAAUCAGAGACAAAACAGAAAUGGACACAACCGCGUACAAUACAACAACCACACAAACUAUAGACAACAUAACAACAGCAAGAGAUACAACCACAGACAACGCAACAUUAAAAAUAACCACGGAUGACACGACAGCACCAAUAGCCUUUUACAACACAACAGGACUGACAAUUCCGGACGAAAUAGCAACAGACACAACCAUAGGCAACACAACAACCGCAACAGAUACAGCUACGGACAAGAAUACAACUACAGAUAAUACAACAACGGCAAUAACCACAGACGACAUAGUAACAACAAGCACAGCAACAACAAAAACAACAUUACACAACACAACAGCUUCAACAAUUACAGAUGGUACAACAACAGAUACAGCGACAUACAACACGACAACAGCAACAGAUAAAGCUAAAGCUGACUUCACCUACGAUACCAGACACAGAAGAUUCUACGACGACAAAAAGUACAACGUUAUUACCGUCAUCAAUAGAGCCUACCCUCAACACUAG